AUGGCUCAAUCUGAAAUAAAAUCCGAAAAUGAAGUUCAGAGAUCCAUUUGGUCGGAGGAGCAGGAGCGUGUGCCGUUAAAGCAGCGAUUGAAAUUGUUGUUAGCAAGCCAGCGUCUGCAUUUGGGCUUCGAUGCUAAACCGGACAGCGAAAUUGGAGUCGAACCCAUAAAUUCGACUGGCAUUCUAGUUUUUAAAAAGGAAAACGAUGAAUGUGAUUCACAGCAUUCCAAUUCUGGUUCUGUUCAAGAAGAGAUUAUUGAGAGGGUAUUAUGGGAACGAAGGCUUUCUGGUGGGUCAAGAGAAUGCAAGAACCAAGGAACUGUAGCAGAUAAUUGCAUGACUACGAAUCAGAUGACUUGUGUUGUCCCAACACCAGAGAAAGUUGAUUCUAUUGAUAGUAUUUCACUCAAUGAGUCAUUAUUGUCAGAAUGUCCUGUUGUGGUGAAGGUUGAAUGCACUGACAAUGGUGUCAUGAACCCGUUAAGAAAGUGCACAAAAGGUUCCAUUGGGGCUGGCCUCGAAGCAGUUAAAAUUAGAACUCAGAUCUCUGAUGACAUUCUUGAUGAUCUUGAUCAUGUUGUACUAAAAGAACGACUAAGGCGGCUUCUAACAAGUAAAUCCUUAGGAACGUUGGCAACUACUCCUGAGGAUAUUUCUUCUGGGAUAACUAGCCCAUAUUCAGCAGACAGACAUAAGCAAAGGCCCCGAAAAAGAAAACCAGAACAAGAUUUUGGUCAUGGAAUAUUUUCUUCAUCUGGCAAUCAAUUUCAUGAGAUUGACAAGACUUUGCCAUCUGAUUCAUUUGAUGCUUCUACUCUGAAAAAAUCCUGCAAACCUCUUCAAUGUGCCAUACAGGAGCAUCGCUGUCAAGAAAACAAAUCAACUAAUCUAGGAAAUAUGCCAAGCAUUCAUAGAAACAAUAGGAUAUACUCUGAAAAAAGUUUCUCCGAGCAUGAACCAAAUGAACAGAUUCUUUUGUCUGCUGAUAUUAGGAAUAUGCCAAGUUCAGCAAUACUGAACUUAGCUCAGGUCAAGGUCGAGCCUUCAAAUCAUUAUGAGUUUAUGAGAGUGGAUGGAAUUUCAGGUCACAUGUCCUUUGACGUCACUGUUCCAGUAAAAAGUGAAUUAGAAUUACCUGAUGAACAUGGAGAUGAACUGGAUCACAUGAUACUGCAACAUCGGAUGAGAUUGUUUUCGUCAAGAGAGGUUCCUCGUUUGGGUAUUUAUGGAAGUUCAGGAUGCCAAAGAAAUUUUUUUCCUUCGGACUUGGAUUGUAGAUCAGUUGCAUCAAAACCUGCAAAACCUUUGAAAGUCAACCGUCCACGGAAAAGGAGAAAAACUGCCACAGAUUCAGUUGAAACAGCCAUGGAAGAAGAUGCUCCUGGACUCUUGCAGGUGUUAAUUGAAAAAGGUGUAACAAUUGGUGAAAUUAAGCUUUAUGGUGAGUUGGAGAGCAAUGAUGCUUUGGAUGAUUCGUCCACUGAAGACAACUUUGCAGAGCUUGAAGACAUUAUCUCGAAGAUUUUCUCCCAGCGGCACACAUUGUUAAAGUUUGCUCCGUUACGACAUGCUAAGGGGGAGAGGGCUUCCUAUUGCUUGGCUUGCCUAUUUUCACUAGUGGAGCAGGCACGAUAUCUGCAGUUCCGAAAGUGGCCAGUUGAAUGGGGGUGGUGCAGGGACCUCCAGUCAUUUAUUUUUGUCUUUGAAAGACAUAACAGGAUGGUGCUUGAACGUCCUGAAUAUGGUUAUGCGACGUACUUCUUUGACUUGGUGGAUUCCUUACCUAUAGUUUGGCAGAUAAAACGACUGGUGACUGCUAUGAAGCUUACUAGCUGUGGCAGGGUUACCUUGAUCGAGAACAAAGCAUUGCUGGUAGGAGAGGAUUUAACUGAAGGAGAAGCCAAAGUGUUGAUGGAAUAUGGUUGGGUACCAAAUACUGGUCUUGGAACAAUGCUAAAUUAUCGUGAUAGAGUUGUUCAUGACCACAAGAAUGAAAAGGAUAGCUCAGAAUGGAGGUCGAAAAUUGGAAAGCUGCUUAUGGAUGGUUAUAAUGGUGGCACAAUAGUCUCUGGUAUUCCGAGCAAGUUAAUGGAAUCCAACGUUGAUCAGCCUCAUGAAAUCAAGCUAGAACUUAAUUGA